AUGGCCUCCCGUCUCGUCGCCAACUCCAUCAAGGCGUCCGCCGCACGCGCUGUGCGCCCGACGGCCGCGGCGGCGUUGCCCCAGCUUGUUCAGACGCGCGCCAUGUCCUCGCAGCCGCCAAACGAGAAGGCGUCUGAGCUCAUCAACAAGCUCCCCUCUCAACCCGGCCUCGUCUCCAAGACUGGUACCGCCAUCCUUGGCUCUGGUCUUAUUGCCGCCGCUAUCUCCCAGGAGCUUUACGUCUUCAACGAGGAGACCGUCAUUCUCGCUGGCUAUGCUAUCUUGUUCGCGUACAUUGGCAAGACUCUCCAGGGCCCGUACAAGGAGUGGGCUGAGGGCCACGUCAACCGCAUCAAGGGUAUCCUCAACGGUGCCCGCGCUGAGCACACACAAGCCGUCAAGGACCGCAUCAACAACGUCUCUGAGCUCAAGGACGUCGUUGCCCUGACUAAGGGCCUCUUCGCCGUCUCAAAGGAGACCGCACAGCUCGAGUCUGACGUCUUCGUUCAACGCCAGAAGGUUGCGCUCGCCAGCGAGGUCAAGGCCGUUCUCGACUCUUGGGUCCGCUACGAGCAGCAGGAGAAGGAGGCGGAGCAGGCACAGCUCGUCAAGAGCGUUAUUGACAACGUCAUGAAGACGCUUAACGAGGAGAAGACGCAGAAGGAUGCGUUGGCAUGGGCUGUGGCCGAGGUCGAGCAGCUUGUCAAGAGCAAGGCGAUCUAA